CCAGUGCACGAGUUACUCUCUCAGUGGUCGCACCGUGAUGUUGUUUUGUCGGUGAUGCCUAUAUACGCUCCUUUAUAUGUUGCUCUGGGAUUAGAGUGAAAAAUAUUGCUACUUCAUUGGUGAUAUAAGGAUUGUCGCUGUGGAUGUAAUAUAAUAAUAACGUUGACCGUACACGAUGGAUAUAAAGGACACACCUUAACCAAACCAGACACACGACAAGGAAGACGUGUUCUCUACCAGUAUAAUUUCAUGCAGCACGGACCGAGAUGAGAUGGAUUUCCGUAAGAGUAUGCUGCGGAUGGAAGAGGAACUCCACAACUUGCAGCUCCAUUCCCAGCGGUCAACACCUAUGGAACCACCCCAACGACUCCAGCAGGAAGAGGGCUGUGAGGACACCAGUCCUGACUCACCGACAGGUGUCCAGGUCAGAUAUAGGGACGGUCAGAGGGUCAACUGGUUCGAGGGCAUCAUUGGCUGCCUGAGGCCAGUGUGGACCAUCAUCGGCAAGGCGGCACUCAGCGAGAAGCAGGCACAGACUGAUAACUGGGAGAUUCCUUUUGAGGAAGUGUCCAACCUGCAGUGGCUUGGCUCUGGUGCACAGGGCGCAGUGUUCCGUGGCCAGCUGAAAGGAACCUGGGUAGCCAUCAAGAAGGUGCGCGAACAGAAGGAAACAGACAUAACACACCUAAGGAAACUAAAUCAUCCCAACAUUGUACAGUUCAUGGGAGUAUGUACAGCUGCCCCCUGCUACUGCAUUGUGAUGGAGUAUUGCCCCUAUGGUCCACUCUACAAUCUCCUCAAAGAUGGACGUGACAUCCCUCCAGAGAGAGUUGCUAACUGGGCCAAGGAGAUUGCUUCAGGAAUGAACUACUUACAUCAGCACAAGAUCAUUCACAGGGAUCUCAAAAGCCCCAAUGUACUCAUUGGAAGUAACCAAGAGGUUAAAAUAAGUGAUUUUGGAACAUGCCGAGAGUGGAAUGAUGUCAGCACAAGAAUGAGUUUUGCUGGAACAUUGGCAUGGAUGGCACCGGAAGUUAUUCGAAAUGAACCUUGUAAUGAAAAAGUUGACAUUUGGUCUUUUGGUGUAGUGUUAUGGGAGCUGUUGACUUGUGAGAUUCCUUACCGGGAUGUGGACAACUCAGCCAUCAUCUACGGUGUGGGGUCCAACUCUCUACAUCUCCCCAUCCCCACCACUUGCCCUGAUGGCUUCAGAUUAAUUGUUCAGAUGUGCUGGAACAGUAAACCCAGAAACAGACCAUCUUUUAAGUACAUCUUAAUGCAUCUUGAUAUUGCAGCAGUAGAGAUUCGCAGUACACCUCCAGAAACAUAUUUUAAAACUCAGAUGUCGUGGAAAGCAGAAAUUAGGCAACAGAUGGCGUCAAUGAAUUCUCGAGGGUCACACAUUCCGCGUAUUGAAGAGGACUUAGUAAAACGGCGUCACGAUGAACUCAAGCACGCACAGGAUAUCCGUGAACACUGGGAACGGAAGCUGGUAAUUGCUAACGAUUUAUAUCUCGAAUUAUCGGCAGCAAUGUUACAACUUGAACAACGGGAAAAGGAAUUACUGAAGCGGGAACACGCUAAUCAGAUCCACAAAGGUAAACGAAGGAUAGUACGACCAUUGAUUAAGGCCCAAGAGCGUCUCCAGGCACGUAAAGGAAGUCAGCUUACCUCCUCUAACCCAACUAGUCCAGAGGCUCUACCUGGUGUACCCUCUCCUUCCAAGUUAUCGUCGAAUCGAUCGAAAAAACCCUUGUACACAGAAAUAGGAACAAAUAACUUACCACUUUCCACAACUCGCCCAGUCUCCCUCCAAGUUUCUCAAAAUCAUACCAAAAUAUCAUCUCCAUCUCAAACUGGAGGAUUAGCAACAGAGUCAGGUCAACAAGAACCUGACUUUGUUCGUGGAGGAUCGGGGUCAAGUCGACGGCGUUCCCGUCAUCAGCGCAACAAGAGUCAUGGGGGUGUUGUUGCAUAUGUAAGCUCUGCAACUAGUCCCAAGCAUUGUGUUGUGCCAGACAGAAGGGGUUACAGUUUAAGUCCAAGUCAAGAAAGAGUUCCUAUACUGGUAGACUCAGGAACCCAGACAGACCACAUGGACAUGAGUGAAACAGAUACAUCUCCUGUAAAGACUCCAGGGCCAAACAAACCCUCCACCCUUCCUCUUCAACAGGAAGAGACUGAUACAAGUGGAGGUAGUAACCCGCCCUGUGGCCACACUGCUCUUGAAACCAGUCCUAAUGGCAACACAAUCCCAGAACAGAGUCCGUGUUGUGAGCACUGCCCCAGACAACAGUAUCGACGCUUCAUUUCAACAGACUCCAAUGAUUCUAACAAAAACUUCCCAAUAGCUGAUCCGGUUGUAGCUAGACUCAGUGAGGGCCGACAAGAAUUCACUAUUGAGGAAACUCUUAAAAUUCUUAACAACAAUGAGGAUGAUGUAGAUAUUCUUCACCAGCUUGGUGAUAAGUGGGAUGCAAUUGAAAGAGUCCUUGCAGAUAAAAAAGCCUUACCAAAUGGUUACAGAGUCAGACAUGGACCUCUAAUGAGAUUUGAUCAGCCUAUUCCAGAAAAUGAGUUUUCUGAAUCAACACCGAUGGAUAUUAAGCAACCAAAGUUAGAGGGGAUGUCACAGAGCCAGUCCUCAAAUACCACAAAUGAAGCAGAUGAAGAGGAGAGACACUCCAGUAUUGAUCAAGACAUUCUUAACCGAAAUUCUGACAUGGUUGCCUCCAGUGAACUAGACUCUAGUCAUGAUUCUGUUGGUCAUGAAGUUUCUGCAUCAGAAGAAGAAGAAGAUGACGAUGACUGUGAUGAUGGGUCACUAGAUGGCAAUUAUCAAGUCAUAAAGCGAAGAUGUUUCAUGCGUCGUCCCGUACCAAGAAGUAAGAACCAUCGUCCUGUGUGUAUGACACGAUCUACACAGAGUACACAGAGUAGUGAGGGAGGCGUGUCAGAAGAUGAGCCAGGGCCUUCUGUCAGAGGAGUGUAUUAUGGCCGAAGAGCAAUAAUUCAUGAAGGAGUUGGCCGCUAUCCAUCUAGGCUAAUGAAUGGUGCAGGUCCAUCCCACGACAGUGAUACCUCGGACUCCGAAGAGGACGGAGAUGCCAUCAGUGUGAAGGCAGUAGCUCCUGUGAUUCUACCAGACAACACCUGCGUUGGGGCAGGAAACAGCCCUAACCCUAAUAUAGAGUCAGUGGGACAAAGUUCUCCUCGUGACUGGUGAAUACAUAAUUAUACGUGAGAUACAGUAUAUAAUCUCUGAAAGUUUUAGUGGAUCGAAAAUGAUGGUGUGUUCAUGGAGUUAUACUCUGACAUAGCGGUUAACAAGAUCUUUAAUAUUUGAAUUUGAAUAUUCCUAUACCAUAAAAUCAAUAUUGAGAACUACUCAGUAAUAUAAGUAGUGAGCAUCAUAUGCAUAACAACAACUUGUGGCUACCAGAAUAUUUUAUGUGUACAGUACUCUGAAUAUUCAAGUGACCAUCAAGAAUCCCUGUACGUAUAAGAUUACAAGACAGUUUUGUUUGGAAGCGUUUUCCUUUUGCAUGCAAGAACCUCUUAUGAUAUUAACCAGACUAUCUCCAGAUGUGACACCUCUGAGUGUUCCCAGAUAAUAUGAAAUGUUCAAUUCUUACAUAUGUAAUAUCUCUUACUGUUCAGGAACUAAGGGAAUAUCAGAAAACGCACAUACCUCCUUGUUCCUCAGACAACCUGAUGAGCACAGUUGCACAACUUAUAUAUGGAUGGCUGAUGAAGCAUUCUGUUCAUAAUCAGACAGGAUUGUGAAGUAAAAUUCAACCAUUAAAGAUACUGUAUUCACAAUGAGAACUUACAUCAAGUUCUGAAAACUUUUAAAAUACGUAUAAGAUCUUGCAAUUGUGGCCAUUGACAGAUGUUAUUGUUCUCCAGAUAAUAUCUUAUGAUUUAUGUGCUGUAUUUUAUUUAGUUAUGCAUUCCAUAUGAAAAUUUACUGUUAAUGUGCUCAAUAAAUUUCUUUCUUAAUGUUGAUCUUUAUUGUUAUUUGUAUAUUAUAAGUAUAUAAGACAUACACUUUCUUUCAUGGUGAAACCAAACAUUCCAUUAUGUUGAUAGUUGGCAUUUGUACAUUAUUGUAAUUUAAAAAGCUUAUUAUGGUUGUGUAUGUGACUAAUGGUGCAGUCAUUUGUUAAGUUUACAACUAGCAAUUUGGUUGUGUUUUGUCCUGAACUUGUAUUCUCUAGUCUGGAGUGCAUAAUCUCAAAUUCUGAAACGUUACUUGAACUGGUAAAAGUAAACAUUAUGGCUUGUAGGUUAUUGGGUAACCAGAACUGCUAGUAUAUGAUGAAGGCAACUAUUGUCAGUGGUCAGUGCUGACACUGUAUUUAUUAUUCAUAAUACCUCCAAUUUUAACAUUGUAAAUACCAUCCCAAGUACAUUCUUUUCUUAUCAUUCAUAGUACAGUACCUACUGGAAGGGACUAACUUCUCACUAUACAUAGGUGUUCACUCCAGUGUUGUCUUUGCAUCAAAUAAUGUUUCAGGAUUCGGGCAUAACCUCAAAAUGUUCAUACCCCUGUAGGUUCAUUAUCAAGGAACUGAUAAAGAUUAAUGAGAUACCACUCACUUUUAUAGUGUUUAAUGGGGUUGCGGGAGAGCCUACACCUGGAGUGGUCGGUCCAUCUUAGUCUGUAUUAAUGAUAAACGAUGGUGACUUUUAAGAAGAAAAAGAAAUGGAAUACUCUGUACAAUUAAAAACAAAUCUAUGAUGAAAAUUAAUCGAAUUACUGUAUGGGUAAUGCUGGUCAUGCCGAUAAAUAUUGUUUUGUGUUGAUCAUUAAUGGUAGGAAAAAAUGCAAUCAAAGAUAGUAAGACUUUCAGUAUAUAUUAUUGUGGCAAAGAGGGUUCAUGAGGAGCAUUUGAGCAUCUCAUCAAGUAUUGUGCUUGGACAUCUGUUGUUUAUGAGGGGAUUAUUCGCACAAAUCAUUGGGCGAGUAAACAAGGUGGCUGCUUUAUUUUCAGGCUCACUUUGGCAGCUGAAUGAAACAAAUGUGACAUUUAUUGUUUCCAUAAUAAAGUCACAUUGGGGAGAACAUAUGUCCAAAAGAUUUGUCAUUGUUUUGAUGAUGAAAUUGAAUGUACAAACAACUUAUGUUCAAAAUUUGCUGUGUGGAAAUAUAUUAUGAGCUGGUGUCCGAUAUCUGCAUUUUUAAGGUGAUUUCUGCUGAACUAAAGUUAUGACGUGUCACUUUAAUAUACUGAUUUUUGUCAGUGAUCAUUGUUUGGUUGCAUGAGAUCUGCUGUGUACCUGUGUAAGAUACUGAGGUUCUGAACAGUUUUGCUGUGGAUGAGGCGUCCAGGUUAAGCAGCUCCGAUAGGGGUGGUAACUCUGAAUUGUCUAUCUGACUCUUGGAUCCAUAUUCCCCAUACUCCCAUGGUAUUUUUGUAACUUGGUCUUAGAGUGUACAGUACACUAUUACAUCAGUUGAAGCAGCUAGUGCAAGUUCUCUGGGCAGUACACACAGUUAUUAUGACAACAAAUAAAUUCUAAUAGUGAUCAUUACAGGAUAGUCAGACAGCAGUUUUAUGUUAUCCUCCCUAUGCUGAGCCCAGAUAGGUCAUGUGUAGAUAUAUUUGUGGGCUGUAUGGUCAGCAGAGUAGAUGAAUGCAUCUCCUAUAGGAGUUUUAUUAUGUGAAUGGCAGUAAAUAUAACUCUUAUUUAAAUAAUGAAUUAAACUAAUUAAUGUGUGCGCACAGUUACCUUGACAUACUCUGCAGUAAAGGAUCUUUUUGUAUCAGUUAUGGAAAAUUAACAGUUAAAUUUUUUUUAGCAUACUUGAAGAAGUGGUUCAUAUGAGUUACAGAUUUUAAAUGGAACAGGAUUAAGUUAGGUAACUUAGGAGCUGAUAAAAUUUGGAUGGAAGGACUUUGUUCCGGUUUUAAAUUGCUUAUGUAAAUUUACUGGAUGGUGAUAGACCAAAAACUAUAAUUAUGGAUGGUCCAACUGGAGUAAAUUAUACAAACUGUACCAGUUUUAAAAUUCUAUUAUUGUACAUAUUAUGUAAAUUUUAGAGUGUGAGUAGGUUUGGAUAUACCCUGUAUAUAUUGUAUUCCAGAUAUUUUCGUCUCCUGUUCAUAGCUAAUUAUGUAUAGCACUGUGUUUAUUAAGCUUCAUUACAUUAUCUCCUUUUCCACAUUAUAGGGAUUAUGAAUCAUCUGUACUGUAUAUUCAUCUUUCCCUAAAGUCAGUUCUGGAAAACUUCUGAUCAGGUUGCCUAUCAGUUCACUACCACUGGAAGGCAGGUUUAUUAUGGAAUGUGAGAAAUUUCUAUGGUAAAUUACAAGUCAUAUUGAUUCUAUAAUUGUUUAUUUAUUGAAUUCUACACUGCUGUUGUUUUCCCAUUCAUUAAAAUAUCCUAAAUGUAAUGGUGCCAAAUUCAGUUUGAGUUGGCAGCAGUGAAUUUCAUUACUAUUUGUAUAAUUUAUAUAGAAUCAUGUCAGUGUCUCAUUACUCUGUUCUCCCUCCUUCACAUAUCUCAGUUUUCUAAAAGGGUACAAUGAAAGUGACUUAACAAGAUAUACAUUUCUUUGGCUUUGGUAUGUCUUUCUCUUGUUUUGUUCCUCCACCCUCCCCAGUUCCUCUUUAAGUUAUAACCCAUACACACCUUGGUAUUCACCCCCUCUUCACAGUCUUACAGGUUAUCUUUUGACAUACCCUCAUAAUCAUUUUCCUCCCCAAGUCCUCAUCACCCAUCCUUCACAUGACCCUUCAUUCAUCAUCCCCCUGGCAUCAUCCUCUCACAUACCACUCUUUAGUUAGGGCUGUUGUUUAUUUUUCUUUCCCUUCAGUACUCAAACCUCUCCCAUGAUUCUCUACCAUCUCUCUCUCUCUCUAGCAAGCUUUCUUUUACUCUCUCUCCUCACAGUUGCCCUCGUUCUCUUUCCCAUCAUUCUUUCAACCUCAGUAUCUCAGAAUUACCAUGCCAGGGCAUGUGUAUGCCCUGGGUAAAUACUCUACCUUCAAAAUAAAUGUGAAAUACAAA